AUGUCCUCAUCCAACGCUAAUACCGUCUACGGAGGAGACGAAAUCAACGCCAUCAUACUAGAUAUAGGAUCGCAUACUAUUCGCAUAGGCUACGCCGGAGACGACUUCCCCAAGAUCAUCACCACAUCCCACUACGGCACAGUCACCUCCCCUUCUUCCACUUCCACAACAAAAGACCGCGUGUUUGGCGAGUCUCUCGAUGUGCUAAGAAAAGGAGGCACACAAGUCCACCGCAUCGUCGAAAACUCAUUGAUUGUCGACUGGGAUGCCGCGUUUGAACUUUUCGAGCACUACUUCAAGCUACUCAAGAUUGAACAACGCGAUCAGCCAAUCUUGAUAACAGAGCCCAUCUGGAGCACCACGGAUUACAGAGCCAAGCUCAUUGGACUCAUCUUUGAGAAAUUCGAGUUCCCCGCUGUCUACUUGGCGAAAGUACCCAGCUGUAUCAGUUUCCAACAGGGGAGGCCCAAUUGUCUUGUUGUUGACGUGGGGUGCGAUUCAGUCAGCGUUACACCCGUUGUUGAUGGGAUAUGUUUGAUCAAGAGCACGUUGCGUACGCCUUAUGCGGGGAAGUUCCUCGAUAACGUGGUGCAGGACUUUUUCGAAGCACCAAAGAAAGUUGCCGCAGGAAGAGACAAAGGAGACGAAGGAGAUAAAGAAACUCAAGAAAAUGGAGAUAAAACAGGGGAUGUUAAACUUGCAGUUGAGCCCAGCGUAUUAAUCAAGAGCAAGACGCCCACCAUGUUCCCCGAGCCCGCCAAAUUCGAAUUGAAAAAGCUCAGCGACGGAGUAGAGAUCACGCCGCUGUUCCGCAACUUCCAAAACUCCCGCAUAUGGCACGAGUUUAAGGAAACCAUGCUCGAAGUGCCCAGUCAGGACAUGAACAAGAAAUACGACGCUGGCGACAAAUCCAUCUUUGCCCCGCGCGCCUUUGAGCUCCCCACGGGCCAAUCGAUAACUCUCGGCGCCGAGCGCUUCUCCAUGGCAGACACGAUAUUCCAACCGGAAUCAUACCAAUUUCACAACCUUCACUUGAAACCGCCCUUGUCCAACGGCGAGAUACCCGGGAUCGAGCUCAACACAAUCCAAGACUACCGCCCACUCAAGCGCCAGCGCAAGAACGAAGAAGACGAAGAAGACGACUCCCAGCCGUCCAUCCGCGGCUUGAUCCAGUUGAUCACGCACGUCAUCUCCAUCAUCGACAUCGACUUGCGCGCAGGAUUAUCGAACAACAUCAUCGUUAGUGGUGGAGGCAGUCUUGUAAUGGGGCUAACUGAACGUCUUUACCAUGAGUUGAGCUCCGCGAACCCCGGGUUGAAAAUCAGGUUGCAUGCCGUGGGCAACGCCAUGGAGCGGAUCAACCAGAGCUGGAUUGGGGCGUCGGUGUUGGCGAGCUUGGGCAGUUUCCAUCAGAUGUGGGUGAGUGAGAAGGAGUGGAAUGAAGAGGGCGAAGAACGGAUAUUAAACCAGAGAUUUAGGUGA